AUGACCACCACCAGCAUUGUUCUUUUGCAGUUCAAGCCCGAGGCGAGUUCUGAGGAUAUAAAAGAAGUUUGCAGUCGUAUGCUGUCCCUAAAAGACAGAUGUCUUCAUCCUGAUACCCAGAAGCCUUACAUUCAGUCCUACAAUGGAGGUGUGGAUAACUCGAUUGAGGGAAUGCAGGUAAGAACUCGCCCAUGGACAACCUAUGUACCAAUUGAUGGACGGAAUACUAAUGGUGUUGAACAUCAAAAGAAUGGUUUCACACACGCAUUUGUGAUCCAAUUCCAAAGUACUGAAGACCGAGACUACUGUGUCAAUGCCGACACUGUGCACCAAGACAUUGUUGGGAGCCUAGACAGGAUUGUGGAAAAGGCUCAAGUUGUUGAUUUCACUCAUGGUGUUUUUUGA